AUGUUUACAUUACGAGCCAGUCGACUUGGUUCUUUGGCCAGAAACGUCAGGUUCUACUCCAGGUACGCCAAAAAUGACCAGAUAUAUUUGCAUGAAACGCCAGGCAGAAUAAUUGCAAACCUAUCGCUGAACCCAGCAGCAACUCCCAUUGGAUACUCUCCUUCGAAGAAUAUCGAUCCAGACACGUUCCUGGUGAACAAGAAGUUUCUUGAUUUGCUUAAUAACAAGAUUAACGAAUCCAUCCAAGAAGAUUUCACGUUUAUCAUUGAAGCAGGUGCCAGUGCACUGACAUUUAUGCCCAUUUACGAUUUCAGAGAAGUUCCUAGGUACGCCCGUGUUCCUGAGGUUGAUAGUAUCUUUGGGUACGUCUUGGUGGACGAUAGAGGCAAGAUUGUGCCCCAGACUUUUGAUCCUAACUCAAUGUACCGUAUUUGCAACGGAGCAGGGUUGAUCAAGUUGAGCGACUACUUGCAUGAGCAAAUGAAGAGCAUCACCGAGGCCGAGGGCGCUUAG